CAGGAAGUGAUCACAUGCAGAGAGGUCUCCACUGUCACUACCUCUGGCUGUCAUCACCGUUAUACCAACAACACCAUCGUGGUCACCUGUGUCAUGAGUACCAUGAUUCCCUUGGCGUUAAUGGUGGCUUUGGUUACCCUGGGCGGUGUGAAGGCAAGACCCCCGCUACCUCCUCUACCUAUGAAAGAUGGCUGUUUUCAGGUGCAGGAGGAGGUGGAGCUGUUCAGAGUGGAAGGAGAGGCAGUGAUUCUCGCCUUCCCCAGCUUUCAUCGAGUUCUUCAAAGACGCAGCCUCGCCUCACCGACGGCGAAGUACCUCAUCGCCAAGAGCAAUUGGUUGGGGGAUGUGACCUAUGCAGAGGAGGGGCGGGUCCAGCAGCGUGGCGAGCAGCUGUGGCUCCUCCCUGCUCAGGCCUCGGACACAGGAGAAUACACCUGCUUCUUCAGAAAUGACACCUACUGCAUAGCAGGGAGCAUAACUCUGAGAGUCUAUGAGUCCGGUUCAGUGGAUAUGGAUAAACUUUCCUAUACAGUCUCCACCACACUGGGCCACAGCAUGACCAUCAAGUGUCCGUCACUUGGCCGCUUCAACCAGACAGACCAAAUAGACUGGUAUAAGGAGCCCAGCCCAAUGGCCCUACAACUUGGCACUGGCUCCUACUACAGAGACAGAGAUGACCUGCUGAUCCUGGAUGUCAAGCGAUCCCAUCAAGGCCUCUACACCUGCCAGGUCCGAGUCCGCAUCAACAACCAGCAGUACAAAGUUAAAAGGACCGUCCAACUCCACGUCCAAGAACCUCUGAACCCGACCCCUAGGCCAGCAAGUGACCUUUCCAUUACAUUUGACCCCAUCCUAAAUGGAAGGACUAGUGGUAAUGCUGCUGACACUCGCACAUUUCUGCCCCCUGUGAUUGUCUUUCCGUUGAAUGGUACCAUAUUUGAAAGUACUCAUGGCUCAGUCCUGAAGUUGCUUUGCAAGGUGUUCACUGAAUGCCAAAUGGCCAACUCCACGGCUAUCAUGUGGCUGGUGAACGGCCAAUCAGUGGAGUCCUCUUACCUAAUUGGGCGGGCCUUACAGGGUCGAAAAAGGGUAACUAGGACGCCAGGAAGCUGCCAAGUUGAGUUGAUGCUGGUUGUUAUGGAGCUGAGUGAGGUGGACUCCAGAGCGGAGUGGAAAUGUGUCACCCAGAACCAGGGAGGCGAACAGGAUGUUCUUGGACAGCUUAGACUAGAGGACUCAACGUUUAUAUGGUUAGUGGCAGCCAUCAUGGUCUUGUCCUGUGUCCUGAGUGUGCUGUCUGUCUGCCUCUACGUCCUCCUCAAACCCAGAAGAAAAACUGACUAUUUCCUCACUAAACAGAAUAGUAUUUGCUGACCCUCUGCUUGAUUUGGUGAAUGGCAUUUUUCAUCACUCAAGUAAGUUUUGUCACUGAUGAUGUAUUGAUGGCAGGAUGGCACCUAGAGUAGCCACUGUGGAAGCCCACCUUCAUGUAACAAUCCAGUGUGACAACUCCAGACUAUGGUCGCCAUUCUGGAAGUACCACUUUAGCAUUCAUCCUGCAUCUUUCCUGCAUUAGUACUGCAGACAGUUCUUUAGGUGUUAUUCCCACAAAACAAAUAAGUAUAAGCCGAAAUUGCUUUGUCUUGCAACUGACUGGUUACGAGACCGGUUUUUGAACCUUCUGAUUGUUGAAACGCAUGCAAACUGUUCAAUAUGUUGUGAUCAUAUAGCAAAACGGCACUCGGUGUGAAUUAUGAGGAGUCUGGGGCGCGAGGGACUCCCCGAUGACCUUGGAGCCCCCCCCCCCAAAAGAGCAAUGAUUGGUCAUAAGGGGCGCUCUAAAGUUGAAUUGAACCAUAUAUAUAUAUAUAUAUAUAUAUAUAUAUAUAUAUAUAUAUAUAUAUAUAUAUAAAACGUUUUUUUCCCCCGGAAACCGUCAAUGGUGUUGAUAAAAGUGCUCAACAAAUGAGGAGCGGAAUAUUAAGAUAAAUGUAGGAAAAAAACUUUAAUUCAUAGCAGUACAAGCCUGUUUCGUGCAUCACGCACUCAUCAAGUUGGCAAGUUGGCAGCUGAUGAGUGCAUAUAUAUAUAUAUAUAUAUAUAUAUAUGUGUGUGUGUGUGUGUGUGUGUGUGUGUGUGUGUGUGUGUGUAUGUGUGGAUUUGGGUUUUUGGUUAUUGUCUCAGUUCAGUAUGUCAACAAUAAGAAAUGGGACUUCCCUGUCAUUGUCUCCUCCAUCUGACCAUAUUGUGCAUUUUAAAUACACAUUUUAUCAUUGUAUCAAAAUUAAGUGAAACACUCCAUAAGAUAACCGAAAUGUAUGAAAUGUGCAUCAUUUUUGAUACAAUAAAUUUUGGGGAGGAAAUCAUUGUGUCAAAACGGCCUGAUUUC